AUGGCGGAACUUGCAGCCCUUAGUGUCGCUGCUAGCAUUCUUCAGGUUAUCGAUAUCAGCGUGAGGGUUGCUGAGCGUCUGAAUGAAUAUCGCAAGAAAGAGGAUAGUCUGCCCACUGCUUUCAAACAUGUCAGCACCCGACUACCCAUCUUUGUUCUCAAGCUUCGAGAUACGAAUGCGAAGGUUGAGGAUAUGACAGAUGAUGCAAGGAGAGCAUUAAAGCCCGCGAUCGAAGAGUGCUUCAAUCAGAUCAAGAAGUUGGAGACGAUAAUUGACAAGGUUUUGUUUAAACCUGGCGAUAAAGGAGCUACACGUGGCUGGAAGUCCAUCAAAAGCGUUAAAUACGACAGCGAUGUGAGCGAGCUGGAUAAAGUCAUUCGGAGAUACAUGGAAGCCAUGAAUUAUGGCCUAUCGAGCGUGGCACUCCAUUCGAGUAAUGAGAAAUCCUCACUACAACCAACAAGUACUUGUCCGUUUGAGCGAGAGGCGGACUUCGUAGAGCGAGACGUCAUGUGUGACGUUACGACGCGAUGUCAAGCCGGGUCAAGGUCGGCUUUGCUAGGUAUUGGCGGCGCUGGCAAGUCACGCAUAGCUAUCGAAUACAGCUAUCGCGUAAGAAAAGCCGCACCGGAUACCUGGGUGUUUUGGGUGACAUUCGAUACGCCAGCCACUGUCGCUCAAGACUUCCGGAAGAUAGCGAAGGCAGUCGGUCUUCGAGGCUGGGACGAGAAAGCGGCAGACAUCUUUACUAUGGUGCAUGAUUGGCUCAAAGACGACUCUAACGGUCCAUGGACCCUGAUCCUGGACAAUGUCGACUCUGUUGACAUUCUGACUGCGCCUGCCCCAAGAGUCACAUCCAGUAAUAGCAUUAACGAUGAUUCACCCAUGCCGCAGAUUCGAAACUUUAUCACCACUUCGACAAAAGGGUCUAUUCUCGUCACAUCAAGGAAUAUCGAGGCUGCGCAGAUGAUCACCGGAAACUGCGCAUACCACAUUGAUGUCGACGAGAUGAAUGAGUCUGAAGCGAUUGCUCUCUUGAAGAAGAAGCUCAGCAGCAAGGUUAUCUACACCGAAGCUGAAGCUGCUGAGCUUGUCAAGUCGGUCGACUUCAUGCCAUUAGCAAUAUCUCAAAUUGCGACAAACAUCAGCAUGAACUACCCACGCCUCACAAUUUCGAAGGCCACUGAGAGAAUUCAGGCACCGAGUGAAGAAACAGUGCAGCUCUUAGAAACAAACUUGGCACCUAUCCUUUCAGUAUGUGCGCCAAACGCAUCCUUCGGCUGCAAGACUUCUGUCGCUGAUGUGUUUGUUCGGUCGACAGGGCAUCCCGGAACCGCUUCUCCCCGGUCGAUAGGGCGAGGAAGUAACCGCCUCAGCAACCCCACUUCAGCCCCGCCUGAAUUGGUGGAAGCGAAUCAGAUGGCGGCGAUUAUACCUAAGGCGGCGCCAGCGUGUGGCUCAGCAGAAGGCAACUGGUAA